UCAAGAACUUGAAAAAGAAAAAACUAAUAUACCUCAAGAAACAGAGAAAAACAAGAAUAACGAAAACAAAACAACAGAUGAAGGAACAUAUGAUAUUAUGCAAAAUAAUACUGAUGUGACUAAAACAACAGACACACGUAUCAAAUCAACAAACGAAUCUCUUUUAGAAAUAUCUACAAUUGAAGAAACUACAUCAGCUUCUUCAUCUUCAACUCAAGGAAUAUGUAUAGAUAAACAUUCUAAAAACUCUACUACAGAAGAGCAACAAGACACUUCCAGGACUAAUAAAAAUAAUAACACUCAUAGCAGUGUAUUAAAAAGAACAGAGGAUACAAUUCUAAAUACUGAAAAUUCAAAUAUGAGAGAAAAUUCAGAAACUCAAAAUGCAGACUUAACAAGCAAUUCUACUGCCAACAAAGAAACAAUACAAGAG